UAGCCUCCUCCUGUCAUGGUACUUCUCCUCUCGGUAUCAGUCGACAUAUUUCUAGCCUGUUAUCCUUCGAGAACGGCCCCCAAAAAAAUUCAAGAUCCCUUCCAAGCAUGGAAGUCGCGAGCACUCGUAUCGAUUGAAAAGGUUGCUGGACAGCAAUGGAUGUAUCGGUCGACUAUGCGUUUGCAGAUUGAGACACUGCGGAAGGUUCGUCGAGAAGCAUUAUCCAACGCAACAGCUGAUAUCGAGUACAUCUCGAAUGAUAGAGAGACAGAGACAGAGACAGAGAGCUGUCGGCAAUGAAUAAAGACGCAGAGGAGCUGUAGCCUGCAGACUCGGAGACGUGA